AUGGCCGAUCAUUUUGAAGGACUCAUUCCGCCAGGGGACCCUGGCCGUGCAGAAACCGGAGCUAUUUACGGUGCCGUCAUUACUGUCACCGUCCUUGCUACCAUAGCUGUCAUUUUUCGUUUUGUAGCAAGAAGGAAGUCGGAGGCUUCCAUCUCCUACGAUGACUACUCGAUUGUGCUCGCACUGGUCUUUCUUUACGGCCUCAAUAUAGAUACAAUCAUUGCUGCGGCGCUAUGGGGACUCGGGGAACACUUUUUCACCCUGUCAAAGGAUCAACUCCUCCACUUUCAAAAAAACGGCCUGGCAAGUCUCGCCCUAUACUUUACCACAAACGCCACAACCAAAAUGUCCCUACUCCUGCUUUACUACCGUCUCUUCUCUCCCUCGCGUCGUUUUCGACUCGCCGUCUACACCGCCGCCGUCGUCGUCGUCGCCUGGUGGAUGGCCGUCUUGUUCGCUGAUAUCUUUCAAUGCGUCCCAGUAAACGCUUUCUGGGCCUUUCACGUAAAGAAUGUCAAGACGGCAAGAUGCAUGGACACUUUCACCUUCUCCAUCGGCACGGGUGUCAGUAACCUUGUCACCGAUAUCAUGAAGAUUUCGUUGACCGGGGUUUUUCUGCUGGGGUUUUUCGUCUGCGCCAUCUCCAUCGUCCGCAUUGUCAAAUUGGUUGCCGCGGGACGCUUAGACCCCACCUACAGUCUCGGAAUCGCCUUCACAUGGUCCUCCGUCGAGCCGAGCGUCGGCAUCAUCUCCGCCUGCCUUCCAAUCAUGCGCGCCCUCUUCAAUAACCGCCUCUUCUCCACCGGCGUCCCCCCCCACCCCCGAUCCAACAAGACCCCCAGCGCCAAAAAGAUCCCCAUGACCACCACCACCUCCUCCUCCCAGCCCGCAAGCGCCACCGUCGCCUCGCCCGUCCACGGCCACUUCACCCGCCUCGACGGCCCCACCUAUCGCGACCAGCUCGAGUUGUCGUACCGCGACCGAUGGGGCCUGGCGUCGAGUGGCCGCACCGACGACGGCGACGGCAACGGUGGCGGUGGCGGUGGCGGUGGCGGGCCCGUCGCGAACGGUAGCUAUGGCGAUCGCAAAGGCGUCAGUUGGCUCAUGUACGGGCCCGGCAAGGGGGAUGAGGCUUUGGAGGAGGGAAGCGGGGUCCAGGAGCCCGGGUUCCAGCUGCGCCAGUGGCCGCGGGGGAGGGAGGGUCCGGAUUGGAGGGGAGGGUGA